UAUGUCAAAGGGACAAUAAACGAUCCUACAUCAUUUCCUCCGCCCAAUAAAGCACAUGGUUCAAUUCACUGGACUUUCGAAAGGUCACUAUCCGCUGCAUUGGUGCCCGUCACCGCAGCUACUGCCAUAGCCAGCCCGAAUCCACUACUGGAUGGGGUUCUUGGAGUAGCUUUGAUCAUGCAUUCACAUCUCGGGUUCGACCAAAUCUUGAUCGAUUAUCUUCAUGAUCGCAAGUUUCCUCGGAUUGGCCCGAUCGCUCGUUGGACUGUCCGAGCACUCACAUGCGGUGUCCUCGUUGGUGUGUAUCAAUUCAACACGCACGACAUUGGCCUCACAGAGUUGAUCAAGAAGAUGUGGAAAGCUUAA